AUGCGGCUAUGGCAACAGUGCAAGUUCUGCUGGAAACCGUUUGCCUCUCACGCGGCUCACGACAGCCACGUCCGUCGGACGCAUCCUUCGACAAGCGGUGAUCACACGACGCCCCAACCUCGCCACCAUCCACAAUCUCACCAACAUGCCGUCAAAGCGUCGUCUGGCGAGGCGCAUUCGCUACAGUUACGCCAACCAUCAGCAUCGACAUCAACAUCAACAGCAACAGCCAUGGCAACAAGCAGCCCAACAGUGUUGCAGUCAAGCGGACACGAGAUGAGCUCGCUUCUCCUCUUCCCGACCGGCCAGACGCCGUCGGCCGGAGGCGAGCCGAUCGCCGGUCUGUCCGACGUCUGCGGCAGCGCAUCUGUCGUCAUGGCAACCGAGUCGACUGCUGCGCGAGUUGGCGCCUCGAAGGAGGCCGCGGACGGCCGUCAACUCGGCUCGGCGCCAGUUGUACCCGCUGCACAGACCAAGCCGAACAUGUUGUUGGCGUCGUUGUCCGAUCUCUCCGCCACGACCGGCCUGGCUGAGGCGCAGGCGCUGCAAGUGCUGCUCGGCUCGUUGGCGCUGGCGCGCAGCCUCGGGCGGACGACGCGAAUGCCGACAGUUUGGCCGAAGUUGGGCGCGACCGACUGA